GAACGAGAGAGAAAGGAAAAGGGAAAUAGAGAAUUAUAUUCGUCUUUACGAGAAAGAACGUCUCUACGCGCUUCCGGACUCCGAACCCUGAGAGAGAGAGAAGACUCCAAGAUGCUCUUUGUUCUCUCACUCUCUCAACGGUCUCAAAGGCUCAGCUUCCUCCUCUCGAUCGAGUUUUUCGCUCGAUCUACUCCGUCUUCCUCUCUAUUUAGUUUUAAGUAAUUGACGUAUCGUCUGAAUUUCCUUAACUUGGUUUUAUCAAGUUCAUGCAAAUUUGAUUUUUUCCCUCCAACUGCAAGAAAACUAGGGCUUGCUUCGGCAACUGCUUACAUUUUUUGGGCAAACAUUUUUCGAUUUAGGCCGAUUCCAGAUCCGAAUCCAUAAGGUACAUGGGAAUGAUUUUGAGUGGAAGCAUAGGGUGAGGAAUUAGGACUUCUAUUGGAAUCGGAUUUAUUUGAGUUCGAAUUUUGUUAUUCAAGAAUCGAGUUUUCUUUGGAAAGUAGUUCGUGGUUCAGAAUUGUAGGUUUAAAGGGUAUAGGUUCGAUUACUUUGAGGAUUUGAGAAUUGGAGAUUUUCAAGGAAUUGGAUUUUGGAUUGUUUGGAGAAGAAAAAAAAAAAAAAAAUUGUGCUUGGGGAUUCGGUGGGUUGUCGUAGUCAUGUUCUAUGGGACAGUGGUAUGGGACCCUUGGCUCAUUGUUGGCCAAAUUGUUUGUCUCCAGUGCUUUUACUAUCUCACUCUUGGAGUAUUCUUGACAAUAUUUGUUGGAACUCGUGUGCCACGGAUGAGCCUCGUGUAUUUCUUUGAUUAUGCAACUGUAACUACCUCUACAGUAACUGGGUGGUGUGUCAUUGCUUCGUUUCUGUUCAGCUCGCUUGCAGGAGCUGGACAUAUGCUUUAUCUGAUUGAGAGGGCCAAAAAGUGCUUAGAUUUUUCAGCCACUGUGUACGUCAUCCAUCUCUUCAUAUGCAUUGUGUAUGGAGGAUGGCCUUCCUCAAUAACAUGGUGGGUUCUGAAUGGUACUGGAAUUGCAGUGAUGGCUUUGCUAGGUGAAUAUCUGUGCAUUAAACGGGAACUACGUGAGAUUCCCACUACACGAUACCGUUCAAAUGUUUGACUGGUAAGACAAACUGGAUAGGCAAGGACAAAUAUUCUGUGCUGGGCCUUUAUUCAAUAGAAUCAAUAUCAUGGAAGAUCUCCUGGAUCAAGCUUAUGAAAUAGUGAAUCUCAUAGGUGAUUAGAGAGGGGGGAAAAAAACAGAAGAAAAAGAAGAAGAAAUUUCCUUUAUCCCUGGAUUCUUUCUUAUGCUGGUGGCUGUUUCAAAAGAUGACCAAAAGAGUUUGAGAUGGUGUUGAAAUGAUGGGAAGAGUGAAAAAAAUGUGACUAGGUAUGCAUUGUGUCAGGAAAUGAUUAAUACUUAAUAGUUAGUUUUGAAAUGUGAUGCUUAGUUUAUUUGGUUCUUAUUAUAUAAAGAUGAUAUGAGUUGCCAGGUUUGCAUUUUA